AUGGCCUCUGCUGCACGAAAAGGACUCGCGGCACGUGAGGAUUCUCAGGCCUGUUCCUGCGCCCCGUGGCCAGGCAGUAGUCUCCUUCUGCCACGGAUUCAUCCCACACCAUCCUUCCAGGUCUUGAUCUUGUGCUCCGCCCUCAUGACGGCGACGGCGGCGCCCCAGUACAAUUACGAGCCCCCGAGCGUACCUUCCGGCCUCUACGACCUUCCUGCCGAUCCCUCCGAGGUGGACCCCAGCGCUUCGGACCCCGUCGAGGUGGCGCUGCCGGACGACCCCGGGCUGGACGCGGCAGCGCAGGACCCCCGCCCCGUGGUGAUCCGACCUGAGAUGGAAGGGAUGCCCUACGAGUUCGAGUGGGGCGUCCAGGACCAGGAGAGCGGCAACGCCUUCAGCCACGUCGAGAGCAGUGACGGCCAGACGACCCAGGGAGAGUACCGCGUCCUGCUUCCCGACGGACGAACGCAGGUCGUGUCAUUUUUCGACAAUGGAGAUGGGUACAACGCCAUCGUGACGUAUGAAGAGUGAAACAAGAAACCUCCUCUCUUCAUUUUCAUUGUUUAUGAUGUCACUGUUGCGGGUUCUGGCGUCACCGUUUCUUGUGACGUCAGAACUGUGGCUUGUGACGUUAUCAUUGCACUUCAUGACGUCACGUUCCUUGUCCUCUGUGUUUCCUAUCGUUAUUCAUAUCUUCGCAACAUACUCUGUACUAGAGUGAUACUCUGAUGUUGCUCGUGGCAUCGUGUUCAUUCUAUUGCAUUCUGGUGGUAUUAUCAUGUUGACGUGGUAAUAGGCACUUGACAAAAUAAAAGGACUUGCUUUC